UGCCCCCGGAAGUAACGCAGUAAUUUAUCUUUCGUUCUCAAACGUCAUUGUUGUUUUCACACGUUUAUCUUUCUAAUAAUAAAGAAUAAUUCUAUUAGGCGUUUAUGACAUAUAGUUCUGAUUAAAUGCUGUUAAUACGGUUCAGAUCUUGCGUUUAAACCCGUGUCUCGCUUCAUGAACGGUGUUUUAUUAAGCUCGUGUUGUCAUUAUCAGUGUAUCUGUGGCGGUUGAUCAGUUCUUGAUCCUCUGAACACAUGAGUGUGUCUCUGGUCGUGAUCAGACUCGAGCUCGCUGAUCAGUCUGAUUCCCCGCAGGGUUUUCAAUACUGCGCCGUUGCAGAGAUGUCAGAGGACGAGAUGAGAGAGAAAGCGCUGGUCUCCGCCAGAGUCGCGCUGGACGGCAAACCGGAUCUGGAGCGGUCGGCCAUCCUCCACCAGCACCUGGGCAGCCGUGUCAUGAGCGACAUGGUGAUCGAGACCUUUCAGCCCAGCGCAGGAGCAGAGGAAGGUAAAGGAGAUCUGAAGUCCACAGGAGACACAAGUGAAGAUGCCAAAGAUCAAACGGACGUGAGCACGACACCGGACUCUCCCUCUAAACAGCUGCCGGAUCAGAUCUCCUUUUUCAGCGGGAACUCGUCAGUGGAGAUCGUCCACGGCAUCAUGCACCUCUAUAAAACAAAUAAGAUGACGUCACUCACAGAGGACGUGAGGCGCAGUGCGAUGCUGUGUGUCCUCACGGUACCGACCACCAUGACCAGCCAUGACCUCAUGAAGUUUGUGGCUCCCUACAACGACGUCAUGGAGCACAUGAAGAUUAUCCGAGACUCCACGCCCAACCAGUACAUGGUGUUGGUCAAGUUCAGGAGUCAGGCCGAUGCCGACAGCUUCUACACAACAAGCAACGGCCGUCAGUUCAACUCCAUUGAGGAUGCUGUCUGCCAGUUAGUCUAUGUGGAGAGGGCGGAAGUCAUCAAAUCUGAAGAGGGGGCCAGUUUACCUGUGAUGGAUCUGACAGAGCUGCCCAAGUGCACCGUGUGUUUGGAGCGCAUGGACGAGUCCGUCAACGGCGUGUUGACCACCCUGUGCAACCACAGCUUUCACAGCCAGUGUCUGCAGAGAUGGGAGGAUGCGACGUGUCCAGUGUGCAGAUACUGCCAGACUCCUGAACCCGUGGAGGAAAACAAGUGUUUUGAGUGUGGAGUGCAGGAGAAUCUGUGGAUCUGUCUCAUCUGCGGUCACAUCGGCUGCGGACGCUACGUUAGUCGUCAUGCCUACAAGCACUUUGAGGAAACGCAGCACACUUACGCCAUGCAACUGACCAAUCACAGGGUCUGGGACUACGCUGGAGAUAACUACGUUCACCGGCUUGUUGCCAGUAAAACAGACGGGAAGAUGGUGCAGUACGAGUGUGAAGGAGACACAUGUCAGGAUGAGAAGAUCGAUGCGCUGCAGCUCGAGUAUUCAUAUUUAUUAACCAGUCAGCUGGAUUCUCAGCGCAUUUACUGGGAGAAUAAAAUAGUUCAUCUGGAGAAAGACACAGCGGAGGAGAUCAACAACAUGAAGGCCAAAUUCAAGGAAACAAUCGACAAGUGUGACAGUUUGGAGCGGAAACUAAACGAACUCAUCAAAGAAAAACAAUCCAUCGAGAAGAAAUGUUCCCAGCUGAAUAACAAAGUGGUGAAGCUCAGUCAAGAGCUGCGGGAGGAGCAGGAGAUGAACCGGUGCCUGCGAGCCAAUCAGACGCAGCUCCAGACGCAGCUGCAGGAGGAGGAGAGGCGGGCCCACGAGACUGCGGCCAAUAAAGAAGGCCAGAUCGCCGAGCUGCAGGAGCAGCUGCGGGACGUCAUGUUCUACCUGGAGACACAGCAGCAGAUCGAUCGGAUGCCUGCGGACACCCGGCAAGAAAUCCAAGAGGGUCAGAUCAACAUCGCUGCGGCCCCCGCCGCCCCUCAGCCCGGGCCCUCGGCCCACGGCUCCGGCAGACUGGGCCGGAAAGGACGAUCCAAGAGGGGAAAGUAGCCACAGACGUUCUGUUUAGUAUAUUCAGUGCUUAACGGAUGGUGGAAAUGUUGCACAGGCUGCUUUGGAAAUGAGGGAGUUUGAAUAAUCACCCUUCCUCGUGUUCCCGCUACAUUAGAGGCUCUAAUAUAUUACAGUUGGUUCACUAAUAUCUCACAUGAGGACACAAGUGCUGCUUAGAAAUGUAGCUCGACCUGUUUUAUAUGAAAACAAAGUGCUGUUCUUUUAUUUUCGUAUUAUUUUAGUGUCCUCCUCAUAGCUGGAAGAUUUCAGAUGUCAGAUUCAUGAAACUGUGCUGAUAACUCUGGGCGUUUAUUCAUUUUUUUGGUUUAUUUAAUGUUUGUAGAAAUUACUGAAUAUUGCUUUCUGCAGCUCUGACAGAUGAAUCUCAUGAAAACCUGUUCUGGUCAUGUUUCACUUGGGAAAAAAAAAGAAAUGAUAUUUUUCUGUUAUGCAUCUGGAUGUUUUUGUUUUAUUGUAAACUCGUUUCUGUUAGUAUUUUUUUAUUGCAUUAAAACAAACAAACAAAAAAAAUCUGUCAUACAUUUUUAGCAGUGAAAUUAUGCAAGCUUGUUUCCGCCAUGAAAUAAAAAAUAAAAAAGGUAAUCGACUUUUUUCUCAGAAUUGCGAGUUAUACAGUCGGAAUUGUGUGAUAUAAAGUCAGAAUUGGGAAAAAUAAACUCGCAAUUGCGUGUUAUAAUGUCCAGUUGUGAGGGAAAAAGACUGAUGUUUUUUCUCAGAGUUGUGAGUUUAUAUCUUUUAAUUACUAUAAUGCAAAAAAAAAUAUGGUAUAUUAUUUCAAUUGUAUUUAAGUAUUUAUACACCACUAUAGUAUUUAUUCCUUAUGGAAGCUUGUUUCCACCCUAAAUAAAAAAUAAAUAAAUAGGUAAUUGCGACUUUUUAUCUCAUAAUUCUGACUUUAUAACUCGCAAUUCUAACUUUUUUCUCAGAGUUGCGAGAUAUAAAUGCACAAUUGCGAGUUAUAAAGUCAGAAUUGCAUGAUAUAAACUCGCAAUUGCGUGUUAUAAAAUCAGAAUUGAUAUUUAUAUCUCACAAUUCUGACUUUAUAACUUGCAAUUGUGAGAUAAAAAGUUGCAAUUACCUAUUUAUUUUUUUAUUUAGGGUGGAAACAAGCUUCCAUAAGAAAUAAAUGCUAUAGUGGUGUAUAAAUACUUAAAUACAAUUUAAAUAAUAUACCUUUUUUUUUUUGCAUUGUAGUAAUUAAAAUGAAACGUUUUUACAGUGAUAAUUUGGGAGAUGAUGUGUUUAAUUAUAAUGUAAAAUAAUACUCAGGCUGCAUUUAGUUCAUGCAAAAUAUAAUUUCUUUCUUUCUUUUUUUUUUUGUUUGUCUUUUGAUUCAGGCUGAAAUGUGACAUUUUUCAUGAGAUUCACCCCAUAAGAAACACAUUGUGAGCAGUAUUAUCAUUGCAGGUCACAGGUGUGGUAUUGUAACCCCAAACCACAAUGACUUUGUAGUGGAAAGGCUCAUCCCCUUCAUGGGAACCAUCUUGCAUAUUUGGUUAAUAGAUGCACGUUGCACAAAAUCA